UUCGGUGCUGUUGGAGGAGCGGAAAGAGGAGGGGACGGCAGCCGGGACAGGACAUGCCCCGCAAGAGGCCGUUCAGCGCUAAGCAGAAGAAGAAGCAGCUGCAGGACAAACGCGAGCGGAAGCGGCAGGGCUUUCAGGAUGGUGUGAGGUCAAGUUCAAACAGUCGGAGUGGCAGCCAUGAUCGACAUGAGGAGCACACGGACACAUCAGAUAGCGAGUCUUUCUCUCUGCAGGUCCGCAAGCUCAACCAGCAGCCUCAGAUCCGCAAGCCGGGUGAACGGGGCUAUGAUCCCAACAGAUACCGGCUGCACUUCGAGCGGGAAAGCAGAGAGGAAGUGGAGCGGAGGAAAAAGAUUGCCCGGGAGAAAAUCUUGGAACCGGUGCCAGAAACCGAGACAGAAGUGGACAUAGAAGAUGUUUACAAGACCGGAUCAGUUUCUGUACCAGAAGCUAUCGUAUAUUGUGCACCAGAUAAUGGGAAAAUCUCAUGGUCUUUGCAUGAUUAUUACCCUUGGAUAUUUGGAUAUUUGCUAACAUGGAGGCAGCUAUGGCGUGUAUUGGAGAUGUCAGACAUUGUAUUGCUUAUUACAGACAUUCGGCACCCGGUCAUCAACUUCUCUCCAGCUCUCUAUGAGUUUGUCACCAAGCAGAUGAAGAAAAACCUCAUCUUAGUACUGAACAAGAUUGAUUUAGCCCCACCAGCCCUGGUGGUGGCCUGGAAGCAUUAUUUCAAGAGCCGGUGCCCUGAGAUCCACGUGAUCUGUUUCACUUCUUAUCCACAGCAAGACCAAGAUCCCAGUGCGGUGUUUAAAAAACGUCGGAAGCGUCGAAAGGGUUGGAGCACGGCUAUGGGGCCCAAUCAGCUACUGAGCUCCUGCGAGGCAAUCACAGCUGGCAAAGUGGACUUGAGUAGCUGGAAGGAGAAGAUUGAGCGGGAUGCUGCUGGCGCUGGCCUGCCGCUGGAUGACUCUGAGGAAGAGGAGGAAGAUGACCGAAGUACGACCGUGCUGGUGGAGCAUCAGACAGAUGUAGCUAUGGAGGGUGGUGGAAUCUCCCAGGAACUCUACAAAGAUGGAAUCUUGACAGUCGGCUGCGUAGGCUUUCCCAACGUGGGCAAGUCCUCCCUUAUCAAUGGACUGGUGGGCCGCAAAGUGGUGAGCGUCUCCCGCACUCCGGGUCAUACCAAGUAUUUCCAGACCUACUUCCUUACACCCACGGUCAAGUUGUGUGAUUGUCCAGGGCUCAUCUUCCCGUCUGUUGUUGACAGGAAACAGCAGAUAUUGGCUGGUAUCUACCCUAUUUCCCAGAUCCAGGAGCCCUAUACUUCUGUGGGGUACUUGGCUAGCUGGAUUCCGGUGCAGGCCUUGCUCAAGCUGCGGCAUCCGGAUGCCGAACACGGCAAGGCUGAACCCCCUUGGUGUGCCUGGGAUGUAUGUGAAGCCUGGGCUGAGAAACGAGGUUACAAGACAGCCAAAGGAGCCCGGAAUGAUGUUUACCGAGCAGCCAACAGUCUUCUACGCCUCGCAGUUGACGGGCGGCUCUGUGUCUGCAUGCGGCCUCCAGGCUACACGUCACAGAAAGCCAUGUGGGAGCAUCACCCCGAGACGGUUGAGAUAGCAGCUUUGCAGGAGGCUCACCGCCGAGACGGGAAAGACGGCUCUGCCGAGGAAAACGAAGGGGAGGAAGAAGAGGAGGACGAAAUCUCCAGCUCGGGAGAGGAAGAGGACGAAGAGAAAGACCGGGAUGCCGAUGAAGAAGGCGAGGAGGAAGAGGAGCCCCUCUCGGCCCCCAAGAGUGGGCCCAGCCAGCCGGCCCCUCCCAGGAAGGGAAAGUUACUGACCCAGAACUUGUUUGCUUUGCUUGGGGAGGAUGAAUGUCAGUAGCUUCCCCUUUUGGACUAAGGGACGGGCGAUAGAUUUGCCCAGCCCAACCCAGCUGCCCUCCCCGCUGUGCAUUCCCCAGCUCCGGAGCUGCCGCGGUGUACCAAUAAAGGUGAUGUUUAUUUCCUGGC